UUGAAAAAAUUAUGGGUAAAAAUGGUUGCGUGAAACAUUUGAUUUGGGGCGUGUACUGUAUAUCCCUUGUAUCUCAUGCAGAGGUAGUGCCAGCAUAGAGGUAAUACAAGACAAAAGACCGUGGAAGUUGGAAUAUCCUCGGAGUCUCUGACAACCAUGAGUCUGUUGCUGAAACCCAUCAGUCGGGUAUUUCUCUUCCAAUCCAAUUUCCAGAAUCCAAGAGCAAUUCCAAACUUUUCUUCUGUAUCAGCAUCAUGUAGUUCCAGUUACGAAGCGCAGAAAAUGGUGCGUCAAUUCGACCCCAAAAUCCCCAUAGAGCAAGCGAUCACUCCUCCGAGCUCCUGGUAUGCUGACCCCUCCUUUUACGCUUUUGAACUGGACCGUGUCUUCUACAGGGGUUGGCAGGCUGUUGGGCACACUCAACAAAUAAAAGAACCCAAUGAUUUUUUCAGCGGCAGAUUGGGAAACGUAGAGUUUUUGGUUUGCCGGGAUGAUGAUGGAAAAAUUGCUGCUUUUCACAAUGUCUGUAGACAUCAUGCUUCUCUUCUUGUGUCUGGAAGUGGGAAAAAGUCUUGUUUUACUUGCCCUUACCAUGGAUGGACGUAUGGGUUAAAUGGAGCGCUUCGUAAGGCAACUAGAAUUUCGGGAAUACAGGAUUUCAUCGCAAAUGAAUUUGGACUUAUACCAAUAAAAGUUGCUAUUUGGGGACCAUUUGUUCUUCUCAAUAUGGACAAGGAGAUUUUACCAGAGGAUAACAUUGAUACUGACCAAAUUGCAAGUGAAUGGCUUGGUAGCUGCUCAGAAAUAUUGAGACUUAAUGGGGUUGAUUCCCCACUAACUUAUGUUUGUAGACGUGAAUACAUCAUUGAAUGUAACUGGAAGGUAUUUUGUGACAACUACUUAGAUGGUGGUUACCAUGUACCAUAUGCUCACAAAGGCCUUGCAUCUGGUCUUACACUUGAUUCAUACACCACCUCAAUAUUUGAAAAGGUUAGCAUCCAAAGUGUUGAAGGUGGCUCUAAAGAAACGCAAGAUGAUCGGCUUGGAUCAAAAGCUUUAUAUGCUUUCAUCUAUCCAAAUUUCAUGAUUAACAGGUCCUUACGUCCAUUUGCAUUUUCACCUGCCUUCUUCUUUCCACUCCUUCCGGUAAAUUAUCUUCUUUUAUGGUCUUAUAGGUAUGGACCUUGGAUGGACACCAAUCUGUUAAUCCCAUUGGGACCAAGGAAAUGCCUGGUGGUAUUUGACUAUUUUCUUGAAGCUUCUCUUAAGGAGGACAAAGCUUUCAUUGAGAGAAGCCUAGUGGAUAGUGAAAGAAUUCAGAUGGAAGACAUUACACUGUGUGAAGGUGUUCAAAGGGGCAUCGAAUCACCUGCAUAUUGCACUGGAAGAUAUGCUCCUCGUGUUGAGAUGGCCAUGCAUCAUUUCCAUUGUUUGCUUUAUGAUAAUCUCAUCUCAUAAACUAAUUGGCUUUGUAUCCAAACAUGACAAAGAUUCGAUAAUUUUCUUGUGUGCUGACUGCUGAAUGCAUUUGUCAAUGUGUCACAAUUGAACUGCUUCUAUUGCAAUUGAGUAAGUAGAAAGUGAGACUGUAGAGGGUCGAACUGAGUAGUCCUUAGUCUACAAGCUGGUCAGGGGGAUGAUAGUGGGGAAGAUGAGAGAGUUUAAAACUAUUUGGACUUGAGAGUGAACACUCAAGGGACAUAGCGGCAGGUGGCUCCAGCUGCUGAAUACUAGUACUUGUCUUUCUAAUAAUAAGGUUAAUACAAACAUAUAAAUAUAUGCCCUUAAAUAGAUAAUACACACAUAAGGUAGUAGCUGUCUUCAUAAUGAGGUUGUCCAUAUGUCUUGUACUGAUAUUGUUUUUUUAUCUAUUUUUUAAAAACUAGUUGUA